AGAAUAGGAGAAAGUGGACAGGUUUCCGCUCCUCCUCUGGGGCAGUUGGAUGAGAGGCUGUAGUUGCACUAAGGACGUUUUGCACAGAACGUGGCCAUAAUUGUGGUCAGAUGCAUCAAUCGGGGGAAAAGCCCGAGUGUGAGUGACGCCUUGAGUCCACUGCUACAGCUGCAGAUGAAAGGAUGCAGGAUCCUUAGUCAAUGACUUUUUUGUUGACAGCAACAGAAAUAGUCAAUGACUUUUUUGUUGACAGCAACAGAAAAGCUGGUGUGUACAGGGUGGGCAGUUCAUCGGCUGCUUUAGGGUUUAGGGUUUUGCAAGCUGAGGUUCUGGCAGCCUCUGAAGGUGUGUCAGAGAGAUCGACACUGGGGCGCAAUCAUCUGUUGUGAUGCACCCGGUACCGAAUCGUCUGUGAUAAACCUCGUAGCGAAUCAUAUGUGACAGAAGCUAAUACAGCGUUAUUUGAGCACAGAAGCUGGUCCUGGUACAAAAUCAUCAGGUGCAGAACCUGGUGACAAGUAUCUGGAGUGAAUUGCCUGUUACAGAAUCGUCUGCGAUGAACCUUGUAGCGAAUCAUCUGUGACGGAAUCUAAUACCGCAUUGUUUGAGCACAGAAGCUGGUCCGGAAGCUGGUCCGGAAGCUGGUCCGGAAGCCGGUCCUGGUACAAUGCAGAACCUUCCGGGGAAGACUCUGGCAGAGAAUCGUCUGGUGGGGAAGCUAUUUUGAGAAUCUCUAGGAAGGGACCUGGGACGGGCCAUACCUUUCUCGACCUCUCUGCAAGGAUCAAGUGUAGUAUCUAAUCUGAUCAGUUAGAAAAAGGAAAACGACCUGGUGCCGCAUCAUCUGGGAACGGUUGACGGGACUCGGUGGUACGCAGAGUCGUUUGGGACAGGAGGGGGCGGGGCAUCCUCUGUUAUGGUGCACGAUAUCAACUCGGCACGAAGUCAUGCUCAUCUGAUGCAGAAUCUGGGGACUGAGUCCGGCGGGGCAGGACCCGGUAUGAAUCAAAUCGUAGGAUGAUUGUAUAGAACCUGCGGUCUCAGAAUCCGUCUCCAAGCGGUCACAGAAACAAGGCAACGGUCCCGGUGCCGAUAGAAUGAGGAACCGGUACGGGAUCAGCAUGUGCGGCUGAGACCAAGAGGGAAAAGAAGAUAGGCAAUAAGCUUGAACCAGACAGGCGUGAUGGAGAGCUUGCUAAGGGAAGUAUAGGGGAGGGUGAAAAUUUGCUAGUAGGGGCGAGAAGAAUAACGACUCUUCGUGGGCGAAACAAGGGCGGAGUCCGUCUGUGCGACCAAAACACAGAAAAAUAGCCAGCUUUUCUGGAACAACAAGGAGAAAAAGAGGAGUAUCUGGUGCAGUAGAAAUAUGGCGGGAGAGCUGAACAGGAUCAUCAUGGCGUUUGCAAACGCCGUGGAGGCCAAGGAUGGAGGGAAAGUUGCGGAGUUUCUGCAGAUAUCUAAGAGUCAACGGAUUCGAGAACGCGUCGGUCUCAUUUUGGACCGAAAUCCGAAGAUCGACUUGAGCCAUUUCUGUUCGAUUGUGGACACUGCGAUUAUUACGAUCGGCGAGGCACUUGCGGUUCACUUUCGGGCCAUGCAAGCCUAUCAACGUGGGUGCUUCGUCGAUGCGUACACGCUGUUGACUCAGUCUUCACAGGCAUUCUUGUCGGAAUUCCGCAACCAAGAGACUAUGUGGCCUUUGGACUGCAUAAAGGUCCUGGUGUAUGACCUGAGGAUGGUCGCCACCAGGGCGGAUAAGGAGCUAGCCAUGCAGGGAAAGCUCCCAGAGAAGCUAACGGAUGCCGGGCGACGUAUGAUGUCCGCAUUCUCCACGCUUACCGGAACCAAGGCGAAAAGAGGUGCAACGCUCAGCAUCACGUGCCAACUGUUCAAAGUUUAUUUCAAGCUGAACACCGUCAAUCUCUGUCGACAUCUAAUCAACACGAUGGAGAAACCGAACUUCUACGACUUCAAUCUCUGGCCGGCAUCCGAAAGGGUCACUUAUAACUACUACACGGGCCGGCUGGAGGUGUUGAACGACAACUUCGAGAUGGCGAACAAGAAGCUCUCGUACGCUCUGGCACACUGCCAUAGGUCACACAGAAGCAACAUUCGGAUUAUUCUCAUGUAUCUUGUCCCCGUGAAGGCCUCUACAGGGGUAUUGCCAUCAUAUGAGCUUUUGAAGGCUUAUCACCUGUACGAGUAUAUCGAUGUGGUGAGGGCAAUCCGGAGCGGGGAUGUUCGGCUGUUGAAGAAAGCUCUGCUUCGGCACGAGGAUAGAUUCUUGAAGGCAGGCGUGUACUUGGUGCUCGAGAAGUUGGAGACCGUUGUUUACCGCCAGAUCAUCAAGCGGAUAUAUCUCAUUCAGAAGCAGAGGGAUGCCGACAAAGCCCACCUGCUGAAGCUGGAUGUCAUUCAUAAAGCGUUCAAGUGGUUGAGCGUCGACAUUGAUUUCGAGGAGGUGGAGUGCAUCAUGUCCACGCUCAUCUACAAGGGUUACGUAAAGGGGUAUAUCUCGCACAAGAACAAAGUUGUUGUCUUGAAGAAGGAGCCUGCUGGGGGAACCUCUAAAGAUGGACCCUUCCCCGCCAUUGGGGCAAACAUGUGACAACAGUCAAGCUGCCAGGUGUCCUUCGUAAAGCUUUCAAGUGGCUGAGUGUCGACAUUGACUUCGAGGAGGUGGAGUGCAUCAUGUCCACGCUCGUCUGCAAGGGUUACGUAAAGGGGUACAUCUCGCGCAAGAAGGGAAGUUGUGGUCUCAAGGAAGGAGCCUGCUUGGGGGACUUCUUCUUAAGAUAGGCCCUUCCCACCCACUGGGGCAAGCAUGUGACAACAGAUGUGACGACAGCCAAGGUGCCAUUCUUCACAAGGUGUAUGCGGGCCUUUGCACGGUUUUCAUCAAAAUAUCGCACAAGAACGAAGUUGUUGUCUUGAAGAAGGAGCCUGGUGGGGGAACCUCUGAAGAUGGACCCCUCCCACCCAUCAGGGCAUACUCACACUCGGAUUUUCCAGGAUGAAUCGGACUGCAAUUACGGCGGGACGUGGAUGAAUCUGACUGCAGUUACAUACUGCUAUCAGCCCCGGAGCUUUGUAGAAAAAGUCCUAGUGUGAGUAUGCCCUGAUUCCAGAUAUCAUCAGCAAUAUGAGUGAUCCGAUGGCCACGAGACACGCUUCUGUUGCAAUGCAACUGCUAUUUUUGCACUACAACAGAGCAAGGCAUGAUAGAUUGGUAAGUAGGGAUACAGGUCUCUCAGUUACGCGACCAUCAACUCCCUAGAUGGAGCAAUCCGGAGGACGAUUUCCGGUGCAGGAAGCCUCAGGGUGUGUUUAUCCAUGUACGCAACCCCUGGGGAAUUAUGGGUCCAUUUGACAGAGCAAA